GGAGGGGCUGCAUGGAGUCCUCCAAUGAAAGGUGUCACACUCCUUCUUCUCUAGAGCAAACACCGAAAGAAGCAAAUUUAUGUUCUCGUGAACAAAGUUUUAGCGGAACCACAGAACAAGUGCAGGAUAAACUUGCAGAGGGCCGGAAGUUCAUAGGGUCGCUUCCACUGGAUGCAGAAACCGACUUGUCAGAGGCAACGAAAUAUUUUCAUUCUUCAGAAGCAACAGGUAUCUCCGCUUUAGCUGCCUUGGCUGCGAGUCCUUCAACAAAAUCGGCAUCUCUCUCGCUUACUUCCACUCCAGUACGAGCGAUGAAAGAAAUGACCUUGCAGGAGACGACCGGAGGAAAUUUUGGAUUUUCUCGCCCAAAACGGUUGCCGAGAAAGUUGUUUGCCGAUGAGUUAGAACUUGGACCAGAAAGCGUACCCAAACCUCACCAAAAUUUAACUUUUUCUUUUUAUUCAAACAAACAAGUCAAUGAUGAAACCGAUGACGAUACCUCAUCGAGUUCCCGAAAUUCAUCGAAACAAGAGUAUUUGGAAAUGCAACCUGAGGGCAAUUCAAAGUUGCACAGCUUAAAUAGGCGUUCGACAGAUUCGUCGUUAUCGUUAAAUGUAAGAGAGAUGAAGGAAGUCAUUACAUCUCCCGUACGUAGUGAAAAGGGAAGCAAUGUGAAAUUUGCUACCAGAGAGAAAGAGCGGAAAAGCUGCAAAUGUAAAAACUCCAUGUGCUUGAAAUUGUAUUGUGAGUGUUUUGCAGCUGGUCAGCUAUGUUCCAAUUGUAGCUGUCAGAACUGUCUAAAUGAUGAAGAUCAUGAGAAAGAAGUUUCAGAAGCGAGAAAUGCUAUUUUAUUGAGAAAUCCCGCGGCAUUUGAACCGAAGAUGACCGCUGUUCCAAAGGAGGACGGCGCUUUGGCUAUCAAACAUCAGAAGGGAUGUAAUUGCAAGAGAUCUGGUUGCCAGAAGAACUAUUGUGAAUGUUUUCAUGCCGGAGUAUUUUGUUCAAAUAUAUGUAAAUGCAAUGAUUGUGGAAAUAGAGAAGACGACAACUCGGAGAAAUCAACCAAUCUUUCACAUAUUCUUUCUGAUUCAGGUAUAGGAAUCCGUGGAGCUCUGUCACCUUUGCGCGGAGAGACAAACGGAUAUCAGCAUCUGUUAUUUAUGGAGUCACCUAGAAAACGAUGGCGAGAAAGUUCAAGUUCUUCUUAUUCAGAUCAGAGUUCAUUUCGUAAGAGCCGUUCUCUUACUCAUUUCGACAGUGCCUUUUAUGAACGUAAGACUUGGUCAGUUAAUGCUGAUACUUUGUCUUUGUUGAAAGUUGUGGAGGCAGAGAAGAAGAAGUUGAUGGAGGAAGAAUCUUUUGAGAAGAGUGAAGCAACGUCAGAGUCACUUGACAUACCAGUAAGCUCUUUGGCCGCCAAUUCAAGUCAGGAUCCACUUGCUUGCGACGAAAGGUCCAUAAUGGAUAAGAAGAACACACCUGUAAUACAUUCUCUGCACUCUGAUGUUACUGGAAGGUCGAGACUACGCAUUCCCUUGUUUUCACAUUUGUUGGAUACCAAAAAGAGUUCUGUACCAGUGGCUUUUCAGAAAAGUAACCUAUCUGAAGGAAGAAAUACUACUAAUUCCAGUAAUCAUUAAGAAAUUUUGGCUUCUGCUCUGUUAGAUAGUUAAUCACUUGGCUUGUAAUUACU